AUGGAUACAAUCAACGUCUUGAUCUCGUCCUUCGCUGGACUGUCGCUGCCUCGCACGCUGUCACUCCCCGUGCCUGCCGACACAUCCAUCGCCAACUUCACAUCACUUUUGUCCACCCACCUUCCACCCCACGUCGACAACCUCUUUCUCUCGACCACAACUCGUCGCAUCGACACUUCAUCAACCUCCUCACUCAGCUCUCUUCUCUCCGACAAUGACGCUUCAUCAUUUCUUCCUCUACACCUCAGCGCACGCCUUCUCGGUGGAAAAGGUGGUUUCGGUUCCCAGCUUCGCGCCGCUGGUGGUCGCAUGUCCUCACGCAAGAACCGCAAUCGCAAUCCCGAACAAUUAAACGGCAGCAACCGCAACCUGGACGGUCGUCGUCUUCGCACAAUCACUGAAGCCAAAAACCUGGCCGAAUACCUAGCGCUCAAACCAGAAAUGGACAAGAAGGAGAAAGAAGAGAGAAGAAAACGCUGGGAAGCUGUUGUGGAGGCAGCAGAAAGAAAAGAAGAAGAAUUGAAGAAGGGAAACAGGAAUGCGAGGCUGGAUGGAGAAUGGGUUGAGGCGAAAGAGGAGGCUGAGCAAAAGACUAGGGAUGCUGUGUUGGCGGCUAUGAAGGCUGGUUUGAUCGAGGGAGAUACGCCUGUGCUUGAGAGGACUGGAAGCGAGAGUUCGGCUGCCGAGGGUGAAGGUAGUGAUGUUCAACCAGAGGCUUCGAGCUCUGCAUCCAGCGACAAUGACGAUGCUAAAGUCACCAAGCCUACUGCAGCUCCCACACGCGCCUUUUACGGCUGGGACGACGAAGACGAUGAAUUCAUGAGCAGCGACGAAGAGGACGAAGAUGUCCCGACGGAGCUCGAAGCUGCGCCUGUUGGGUAUGAAGGCAAAGGCAAGGCCAAGGCAUGA